AUGCCCCUUGGUCAAAUCGAGUUGCCGGUCACAUUUGGUGAGCCUGACAAUUUCUGUAUAGAGAAGCUGACCUUUGAUGUUGUGAAUUUUGAGACGGCCUACAACGUGAUCCUAGGUCACCCAAUGUUAGGUAGUUUCAUAACCGUAGUUCACUACGUGUACCAGGUGCUCAAGAUCCCAGGCCAAAAGCACCAAUCUGUCACCAAGAUCAAGGACUCCAAGCUCGUGAGCCUCACUAAUGCUUCUAGAUCCGCCGUCACCACCGAAGGUGAGAACAAUGAUGGUGCUAAGGAUAGGAAGGCAGGUGGUGGAAUCAAGGCAUUGACCCUCGACCCAUCUGAACCAGCCAAGACGGUCAAGAUAGAGGUCGACCUUGAUCCCAAAUAG